CACUUUCUCCGGACCUGCAGAGUCCGCUGUGUUUGGUGUGCGAUGACAAUCUCUCAAGGGCUGAGGUGGUCCGGACGUGGCAUCACCAAUGGAAAACACAGAGUGACAACAGUCUUGUCUCCUCAGGCCGGUGUGCGCCAUUAUUCCCUCCGUACUCUGCGGUCAUCCUUGUCGCACUCUCAUCCCCCGGUCACUUCAAACUCAGUCUUUUUACAACAGUCUCGAUCGCUCUCGCUGUUUGGCUGGGGAUCACCCUCCAAGCCCGACGACUUUGCCAAAGCUCAUCCUUCCUCUUCCUCUGUACCCGAGGCACCUCCACCCCUCGAAACUGUGCGCACUGUUAAAGCUAGUCAUGGAACUUCAGAUGCACCAGACCCUAGCAUUGCAACCUCCACGCCAACUCCGACGUCGACACUGUCGCACCCCGCUAGUGAAAACAUCUUAGAACGCCUCGAAGACAAACUAUUGACCCCCGCUGGGGCACAUUCUCCCAAUGCACCGGGCGCUGAAAUCGACCUUGCUUCUAUUCCAGAAGGGAUUGGAUAUUUGAAAGAUGUAUGCGGCCUGGACUUUGGGUGGGGACCUACAGCGACCAUGGAAUGGUUUUUUGAACACAUUCACAUCUGGGGCGGCCUCUCCUGGGGCAUGUCCAUCGUCGGACUUGCGGUUCUGUUCCGUGUCGUUUUACUUCCUCUGAGUCUGCGGUCUGUUGAGGCUAGUGCCAAGAUGCAACAGCUCAAACCCAUACUUGAUCCUCUGCGGAAAGAAAUGCAAGCCGCCGCCGAGCAGAAUGACAAAGUCAAAGUCCUGAAGAUACGGCAAGACAUGCAAGCUGCCAUGAAACAGGCCAACUUCUCCUUCUCAUCCAUUUUCUUGCCCAUGGCAUUCCAAAUUCCUUUCUCAUACGGGGCCUUUCGCCUUUUGAGAGAAGCCGGUCACCUGCCCGUCCCAGGCUUCGAAUCGGACUCGCUCCUCUGGCUGUCCAACCUGUCAACCUCAGAUCCUACAUAUGCCCUUCCCCUCAUCAUCGGCGGUGUGACCUUUCUGAAUUUGAGACAAAGCGCAAGGACUGCGCCCGAUAGCCGCAUGAUGAACAUGUUGAAGACAAUCUUGCCUGGGUUCAGCUUUGUCUUCAUGUGCUUCCAGCCCGUGUCGACGAAUCUGUUCUUCCUGGUUACGGGCUUGGCUCAGAGCACCCAAUUGUCCAUCUUCCAGAACGCAGCCUUCAGAAGAUGGUACAAUUUACCGCCUAUGCCGAGGCCCUCGGACCCAGCCAAAGCAGGCACUAUCUCAUACGGGUCUAUGAACGUGGCUUCUGGUCAGGGUACUCCCCCCAAUUCUUCUCACUCUUCCUCCCCAUCAUCCACCACCUCAUCAACAGCUUCAAGUCCAUCAUCUAGCCCAUCAUCAUCUCUACCCGCCGGACCCAGCCAGAACCGCAGCUGGAUCGACCAAAGGGUAGACAAGGCCAAAGAGUCGUGGAAGCAGGGCUUGAUUGGAAGCUCUUUCAAAGAGUCCAAAGACAAGGCUGAUGCCAAGGCUCGCGAAAGAAAGCGAGCCAAUUGGGAGUCGUUGCGAAAGGAAGAGAUCGCCGCCGAGCGAGAAAGGAGAAACCGCGACAAAAGAUAGACCGAUCAGCCUUUCCAGGGGCACAAUACGACCAUUCGUGUCUUUCCGUUAAGGAGGAAAGGGCCGAGGGGAAUAUAGAUACAACACCUCUCAUCAAACCGUUUGUUCCGGGCUUGCAUAGGUGAAUGCAUGGACUGGAUGCACGGACGAUGUAAGAGGGUAUCUACAAUUAUUCCCAGCAUGGGGGGCUCUGAUCGGGCCUGGUCAUGUGUCUCUGUCUACAUGCUAGUCGCCCCCUUGCAGGCUUGUAAACUUUGCAUUGUAUAUAUAGAUAGGAUAUGUGGACCAAAAGACUCUUUCACUUUCAGAUCUCUUGCCCCAGGCACUAUUCUUCCAAUCUUUAUCAGUGUCGGGAGGAGAGGAUCCCCACCACGAGACCCACGUUGAUGGGUCAUCAUGUCAUUUCAUCAGUAUACUACAUCCCCGUUCUAUCCCAAGAACCACCGGCAUCCUUAUCCAUAACCUAUAACCCUCUCUCUCGCUC